AUGGGAAGAUCCCCAUGUUGUGAUGAGAUUGGUUUGAAGAAAGGGCCAUGGUCAGAAGAAGAAGAUGCAAUACUUGUGAAUUACAUCGAGAAGAACGGCCAUGCCAGUUGGAGGGCACUUCCGAAACAUGCAGGCCUCAACAGGUGCGGAAAGAGUUGCAGAUUACGAUGGAAUAACUAUCUUCGUCCAGACAUCAAAAGAGGGAAUUUCUCCGAUGAAGAGGAACAACUCAUCAUCAAACUCCACUCCCUUCUUGGAAACAAAUGGUCGAGGAUCGCCACCCAUCUUCCAGGACGAACUGAUAACGAGAUAAAAAACUACUGGAACACACACCUCGGAAAGAAGCUUCUCAAAAUGGGUAUUGAUCCGAAGACCCACGAGCCACUACCACCAAAAGUCAAUUUCCUUGAAGACCUUAACAGAAUGCUACACGUUCAAAACUUUACCAACCUAAUGAAGUUAUUGGGUCAAGACAAUGGUUUUAUGCCACAAGCUAACUUGUCAUUAGCUCAUCUAGCAAACGCAAAACUUAUGCAAACCAUAAUGCCCUACCAAGUUAUGAAUGGGAAUAAUCUUUUGUGUGACCUAAAGAGUAGUUCAUAUUUUGAAGGAGGAAAUCUCUACAAUACGAUUUCGCAACCUAGCCUUCAACUCCCCAAUUUGGACCAUAACACUCCGUUUUUCUACAACUCAUCCGUCGACCCUUCAACAAAAUCAGAUGUCGGAUAUGCUCAACACGACAAUAUCCAAAUUCCGAUGCCUCACAAUGAAAAUUCACUGCCACCGUUAGUUGAAACCUCAAUGGAUCAAACGGGGAACAACCAAUUACCAUUCGACUAUUUUCCUUUAGACAAUGUUUGGUCUUAUUCGGAGUUCGACAAGUUAUGUAACAAAGAAAUAAUAUUUCCCUAG